ACAGAGACAGGAAGAAACAGACAAUGAUCAAAUCCCAAUUCAAAACAAGGCAGCGCCAGCGCCAGACAGCGCCGUCGUCACUUGCAUCUAAUCCUCGUUCCUCGCCGCCUUCAUCUAUGGCUAUGCCCUUCCCUCUCCGUUAAGGCCCCCGCUUCUUCUUCCUUCUUGUCACGUUCUGCCCCCACCUCUAAUCCCAGUUAACCCUUUUCUUAAUCCACUUUUUACUUCUUAAUUUUAUUCCAAUCUCCUUUUUCUUCUUCUUUUUUGGUCCACUUUUAAGCCCUUUGUAUAUAUCGCUCCAUUUCCUCUCUCAACUCUCUUCCUCUUUGGCCCUCUCUCAACCGAGAUUCCUGCGGCCUGCCCAGGGAUUUGAGUUUUCAGGGGGAAAUGACGGAGCCAAAGCCAUCCACACCCUUGCUAAGCACACAAUCACCGUCUUCACGAAGCCUCCCUGAUUUUAAAAAGUCUGUCAAACUCAAAUAUGUGAAACUUGGCUAUCACUAUCUCAUCACUCAUGGAAUGUACCUCUUCCUUUCACCUCUGGUUGUUGUGAUUGCUGCUCAGCUUUCUACUUUCUCCCUUCAAGAUCUUCGUGAAGUUUGGGGUCAUCUCCAAUAUAACUUAGUUUCUGUCAUUCUUUGUUCGACCCUCCUUGUUUUCUUGUCUACCUUGUACUUUCUAACCCGUCCUCGCCCUGUGUACCUUGUUAACUUUUCGUGCUACAAGCCCGAUGAAGCUCGUAAAUGCACGAAGAAGAUUUUUAUGGAUCAAUCUCAGAUGACAGGGACAUUUACAGAGGAGAAUCUUCAGUUCCAAAGGAAAAUCCUUGAGAGAUCUGGCCUUGGAGAUUCAACUUAUCUUCCUGAGGCUGUUCUCAAUAUUCCUCCAAACCCCUCCAUGGCAGAAGCUCGAAAAGAAGCUGAAAUUGUGAUGUUUGGUGCUAUUGAUGAGCUUCUAGCUAAGACGAGUGUGAAACCGAAAGAUAUCGGUAUCUUGAUCGUGAAUUGUAGCUUGUUCAAUCCGACUCCAUCGCUUUCUGCAAUGGUCAUCAACCACUACAAGCUUAGAGGGAACAUCGUUAGUUACAAUCUUGGUGGGAUGGGUUGCAGUGCAGGACUAAUCUCUAUUGAUCUUGCUAAGCAGCUGCUUCAGGUCCAUCCCAAUUCUUAUGCCCUGGUAAUUAGCAUGGAGAACAUUACAUUGAACUGGUAUUUCGGGAACGACCGAUCGAAGCUUGUCUCUAAUUGCUUAUUUCGGAUGGGUGGAGCUGCAAUAUUGCUUUCAAACAGAAGAUCUGAGAGGAGGAGGUCCAAAUAUCAAUUAGUUCAUACUGUUCGUACCCACAAGGGAGCAGACGAUAAGUGCUUUAGCUGUGUUACUCAGGAAGAGGACUCAACUGGGAAGAUUGGUGUUACUUUAUCCAAAGACUUAAUGGCAGUUGCAGGUGAUGCAUUGAAGACUAACAUCACGACGUUGGGACCUCUUGUUCUUCCAAUGUCGGAACAGCUUCUCUUCUUCGGUACGUUAGUCGGUAAGAAACUCUUCAAAAUGAAGAUCAAGCCUUACAUCCCUGACUUCAAACUAGCAUUUGAACAUUUCUGCAUCCAUGCUGGGGGAAGAGCGGUUCUAGACGAACUGGAGAAGAACUUGCAGCUAUCUGAUUGGCAUAUGGAGCCGUCGAGGAUGACACUGUACCGAUUUGGCAACACGUCGAGCAGUUCUCUAUGGUAUGAAUUGGCAUAUACAGAAGGGAAAGGUCGAAUGAAGAAAGGAGAUAGAACAUGGCAAAUAGCAUUUGGUUCAGGAUUUAAGUGCAAUAGUGCAGUUUGGAAAGCUCUAAGAACCAUAAAUCCAGCUAAAGAAAGGAGCCCAUGGAUGAAUGAGAUCGACCAGUUUCCAGUCAAUGUUCCAAAAAUUUCAGCCAUUUGAAGAACAAAACUAUAAUUAACUCCAGUUUUUCAUUCAUUUUAGUCUUCUCUCUGAGUUGGGAUGCCAAGAUCUUCCAUUGAUCAUCCUGUGCUGAUAUUAAAAAAUUGACAUUUUCUUUUGUGUUCUAGGCCAGCUUUGUUGAGAGCAGAACAUUGCAUCUUUGCAGAUGCUUUGGGAAAGCUUCAUUCAUGUCUUGAUUUGUAUUGAGGAUUGGAAGUGUUGAAUUCAGCAGACAAUUUGGAUGGAUCAUUCAUUUCUACUUCUUAAA